GAGUGUCACGUGAUGUCAUUGUGGACAUCCCAUAAUAAUAUUAUGAAGCAAACAUAAGCCGUUAACCAUGGUUCAGUAGAAAUAAUGUUUCUGUCAAGCUAUUAGUGUAUUAAAUUGACGUCUGUGGGUGUUGAAAGACUGUAGAGUCCCGAAGGAAGUUUCGCGGUGUGUCUGUUGUGAUUUGAAGACAUGGAAGACGGGCUGCCCUCCAGAAAGGCGGAGGAGGGUGGUUCAUCUAAGCGGUCACAGAGGCAGCAGGAGCGGCAGGGGAAACUUCCUAGGAGACGGAAAGACGUGAAGAGGUCUCUUCGGAGGCCGGACUGUCCGGAACACCUGUCGGGGGGAAGCGUACAUCGAUUGCCCGAGCAGCACGACUCAGAAGCCUCUGCAUCAGCGGAGGACACCGCCGAGAGUUGCCCAAAAAGAUGGGAUAGAUGCAGACGAGGGCACUUUCUACAUGGACCAUAUCCUGCUACUAACUUCGGACCCAAAGCUUGCGUUCUUCCCAACCCGACCUCAGUCAUGCACAUUCAGGAUCCAGCCAGCCAGCGGCUCACCUGGAGCAAACCACCGCUCAACGUCCUGGUCAUCAGAAAGAUCCGAGACGAGAGCCUGCUGGAGCCGUUCAAAGAGCUUUGCAGGUUCCUUGUGGAGGAGAAACAUCUGAUGGUUUAUGUGGAGAAGAAAGUAGUGGACGAUGGUUCUCUCAUGAGCGAUGAGUCAUUUUCAGCCAUCCGCAAUCAGCUGUGCACAUUCAGGGAAGGGUAUGAUGACAUCUCGGACUGCAUUGAUCUGAUCAUUUGUUUGGGUGGAGAUGGGACUCUUCUGUACGCAUCAUCUCUUUUCCAGGGAAGUGUCCCCCCGGUCAUGGCGUUCCAUCUGGGUUCCUUAGGAUUUCUCACGCCAUUCAAGUUUGAGUCCUUUAAAACAGAGGUGGAUAAAGUUUUUGAAGGUAAUGCUGCUAUCAUCCUGCGCAGUCGUCUGAAGGUCAAGGUGGUGAAAGGCAUGUUUCAGAGGAACGAGCAGCUCUUCAGCGCACAGGAGAACGGAAUAGUGCCUCAUAACCACAUAAAUAACGAGGCAGGCAAAAUCACACUACAGUUACAGGUGCUCAAUGAGGUGGUGGUGGACAGAGGGCCCUCAUCCUACCUGUCCAAUGUUGACCUUUACCUGGAUGGACGUCUCAUCACAUCUGUACAAGGAGACGGUGUAAUAGUUUCCACCCCCACGGGCAGCACGGCCUACGCCGCCGCAGCGGGAGCCUCCAUGAUCCAUCCCAAUGUCCCUGCCAUCAUGGUGACCCCCAUCUGCCCUCACUCCCUCUCUUUCAGACCCAUCGUGGUGCCCGCUGGCGUGGAGCUCAUGAUAACGUUGUCGCCUGAUGCUCGCAACACGGCCUGGGUCUCGUUUGAUGGCAGAAAGAGGCAGGAAAUCCAGCAUGGUGACAGCAUUAAGAUCACAACCUCCUGCUUUCCGGUUCCUUCCAUCUGUUGUCAUGAUCUGGUGUACGACUGGUUUGACAGCCUGGCUCAGUGUCUGCACUGGAAUGUCCGCAAGAAGCAAACGCGUCUAACCGAUGCCAGCGACUCUUCAGAAACUGAGAACUGAAACCACCAUAAAAACCAAGUGCUCUC